CGUUAAAUGACGCCCUUGUGUUGCUUCUUGUUUAUAGUCUGUGCGUCCUGCGAUAAUCGGAGGACAUGAGACAGUAAAAAGUACCCGGCGGAGGCGCGCCGUGGGCGGGUGGAAGGCCUGUUUAUAAACCCACAUCUCUCUUCGUGGGCGGGAACAGCAACAGUAGGGAGUGAAAGUAAAGCGCAAGGACACAGAGAGAGAGAGAGGAAGACGGCGGAGGAGAAGAGGCUGUGGCGGCUGCUGUGGUUGACCGGGGUUCGCGGAGGGGCCGCGGCGGCCGCCCCUGUAUGCGUCUGCAGCCGCGCAUGGACGACCACCUCAGCCUCCUGCAAUCACCCCCGCCGAGCACCACCAAAACCCGGGGCGACAACCUGGUGAACCACGGAUACACGGAGACAGAGGCGGACGUGAUGACUGUCGUGGCGUGUGACAACAUGCUGGAAGAAUCGGCGGCUCUGCCGGGCCACCACUCUCUGGACCGAUACGAACCGGACCACGAAUGUUGCGAGCGGGUGGUCAUCAACAUUUCAGGUUUACGCUUCGAGACGCAGCUGAAGACUCUCUCCCAGUUUCCAGAGACGCUGCUGGGAGACCCCAAAAAGAGGAUGAGGUACUUUGACCCCCUUAGAAAUGAGUACUUUUUUGAUCGGAACCGACCCAGCUUUGACGCCAUCCUCUACUACUACCAGUCCGGUGGGCGCAUCAGAAGACCCGUGAAUGUGCCCAUUGACAUUUUCUCCGAGGAGAUCCGCUUCUAUGAGCUGGGGGAGGAGGCGAUGGAGAAGUUCAGGGAGGACGAAGGCUUCAUCAAGGAGGAGGAGCGGCCGCUGCCCGAGAAUGAAUUUCAAAGACAGGUUUGGCUGCUGUUUGAAUACCCGGAGAGCUCGGGACCCGCCCGGGGAAUCGCAAUAGUGUCUGUUCUGGUCAUCCUCAUCUCCAUUGUCAUCUUCUGCUUAGAGACUUUGCCGGAGUUCAGGGACGAAAACAGGGAUCCGAUCACCGUCGCGCCCGUGAUUAACGGCACACUCCCGUAUUUCAUCAGCCCCUUCUCUGACCCCUUCUUUGUUGUUGAGACGUUGUGCAUCAUCUGGUUCUCCUUCGAGCUUCUCGUGCGCUUUUUCGCGUGCCCGAGCAAAGCCACGUUCUCCCAAAACAUCAUGAACAUCAUAGACAUUGUGGCCAUCAUUCCCUAUUUCAUCACCCUGGGCACGGAGCUGGCAGAGCGGCAGGGCAACGGGCAGCAGGCCAUGUCAUUGGCCAUCCUGCGCGUAAUCAGGCUCGUUAGGGUGUUUCGCAUUUUCAAACUCUCACGCCACUCCAAGGGGCUUCAGAUUUUGGGACAGACCCUCAAGGCCAGUAUGCGUGAACUGGGUCUGCUCAUAUUCUUCUUGUUCAUCGGUGUCAUUCUCUUCUCCAGUGCUGUUUAUUUCGCUGAGGCAGAUGACCCAGAGUCCGGUUUCAACAGCAUCCCAGACGCGUUCUGGUGGGCUGUGGUCACCAUGACCACUGUGGGUUAUGGGGACAUGCACCCGGUGACAAUCGGAGGAAAGAUUGUUGGGUCUCUGUGCGCAAUAGCCGGUGUCCUGACCAUUGCUUUGCCCGUGCCUGUCAUUGUCUCCAACUUCAAUUACUUCUACCACCGAGAGACUGACGGCGAGGAGCAGGCUCAGUACCUGCACGUGGGCAGCUGCCAGCCUCUCGCGGACACGGAGGACCUGAUGAAGACCCGCUCCUCUUCCUCACUCAGCAAAAGCGAGUACAUGGUGAUAGAGGAGCACGGCAUCAACAGCGCGUUCAAGCAGCAGCAGCAGCAGCAGCCAAACUUCCCCACCAACACCAGCACCGCGCAGAACAACACGCAGAAUUGUGUGAAUAUUAACAAAAAGAUUUUCACCGAGGUGUAGCCAGUUUUAGAGUCACGAGGGGCCUGGUGUGUCAACACACAGCUGUGUGUGCGUGCGUGCGUGCGUGAGUGUGUGGAUGUGGAUGAGAUGAAGAAAGGAAGGCAUAGACAGAGCAAAGGUGCUUCAUGCUCCAUGUCAUUCUUAUUUCUGUGAUCAGAACUCAUAAACAUGUUCUGGUUCCAUUCGCACUUGGAGAGGAAAGGCUCCUGAAAGUAUUUAGGCCAAAUAUUUCUCCCCUGCUGAGGAGGGAACUUCACCUGUUGGGCGUUUAUUGUGCAGUGUUAUCAUCACAACAGGUGUAAAGACAUAGACGCUUUGUUAUGUGACAAAUGUAGAGACACUCACGUUGUAUUAACAUGCGUUAUCAGUCGUGAUUCAUCAGUCCAGUCAUAGACUAUGUGUACAAUAAAAAACAGUAAUCAUUUUUAAA